UUAAAUUCUCAUAAAGCUCAACGUAUUCGUCAGCUAAUUUUUAAGGGAAUUUCUCUACAAUGGCAUUUUUCUAUGUUUGCUUUUUACCAAGUAAACUCCAGGUUACCAGUGGAGUUUUUGUUUACUAUAAAUAAGAUUCACAUAAUGUAACAUUCAGAGUUUAUUUUUGGAGUGAAAAAAAUUAUUUGAGGUUUACUUCACGACUGAAAUUUUGUUACUCCUUUCUUUGAUCCUUACCGCGAGAUUUUCACUUUUUGGUCCAUUUAUUGCUACAUUUAUCUUAAGGUAUGAUUUAGGGUCAUACUUUAGCGACACUACGCGACACAUGUGACACCCUAGCGGCAAUGGCGGAAGCAGGAACUAGUCCGCCGACGAGAGAGCACAAGCACUUGAGAUCUACAGUAUAUAUACUCCCAGUUACAACGCCACAGCUUUAACGUGUAUUCAGUCUUAAUAUAGUUUAUAUUGAAAGUUAAUCAAUUUUUGUAUUGCCAAAGCAUUGUUCGUAUAAUAAACCCGUAUUCUGAGGACGCCCAAUCUUCAACAUUCAAACUUCUACAUUAGUUUAUCAUCUGCUUAUUAGGCAGGAUAACAACCGAAAAUGAAACAAAUCAAAUUAUUAUGAAAAUACUGAUUACUACAUAGCCAACUUUUUAUUAUUUGUUUUAAUUUUCUUACAAAAAAUUUUUAAACCCGUCAAGUGACAGUGGCUGUGUAAUAAGUGUUACGUAGGAUCUAAUGAGUGAAUUUUCCAGCAAUGGCCAAUCACUAUGAAGUACCAAGCUGGUUUGUAAUUGUUUUUCAAUUCUGGGCUGGGAAGCCACCAGUAGGUCUACAUCUCGAUGUCUUGAAAGGUGACAAAUUAAUUCAGAAAUUGAUGGUUGAUGAGAAAAAGUGUUACCUCUUUGGUCGCAAUCAACAGUUGAAUGACUUCUGCAUCGAUCAUGCGUCGUGCUCUCGAGUUCAUGCAGCUCUGGUAUACCACAAACAGCUCAAUCGAGCAUUCCUCGUUGAUUUAGGGAGCACUCACGGGACUUAUAUUGGAAACAUGAGACUCGAGGGGCAAAAACCCACUCAAUUACCCAUUGACAGUGCAUUUCACUUUGGAGCCUCGACGAGGUACUAUAUUAUUCGUGAAAGACCUCAGACAGGUGCCAGAGGAAUUAUGGAGGAAUUGGAAAAAUCCUCCGAAGAUAAUGAGACUGGCGGCCUCCUGGGAUUACCAGAAACUGAGACAGAACUUGAUAAUCUAACUGAGUUCAAUACAGCUCAUAAUCGUCGAAUAUCAAUGCUGGGAAUAACUGAUGAUGAUCCACACAAAUCCAAUCGAAAACGAAAAAAGAAAGGAAUAACUUUUAAUGAGGACGAGGAGGUCAUUAACCCAGAAGAUGUUGAUCCUUCAGUUGGAAGAUUCAGAAAUUUAGUACAGACGACUAUUGUCCCGAGCAAGCGCAUGAGACUAGAAGGAGGAUUGAUAUCUUUUCACGAAGAGCCACAUCAUCGUCUCAAGCCCCUCCAACCAACUUCUCCUGUCUCCCAACUCUACCACGACAUUCCACCAGAGCAAUAUAGCCCCUCAACUCCCAGUAAUUUUUUCUCAACAGCUUUGACCUCGUUGACAUCUCGAUUGGGUAUUGCACUUCCUAAUCCAGCUCCAGAAGUCGAAAUGGCUCCAAGUCAGGUGCAGACUGAUGUCCCAUCUAUUCAGGAAGUUAGUAUGUCGAAUGAACCCUAUUCCCUCGAGCCCAAGAAGAAAAAAUAUGCCAAAGAAGCGUGGCCUGGAAAAAAACCAUUACCUACUUUAUUGGUAUAGAAGAGAAUUUAUCAUGAAAUAAAUAAAAAUGUAAGAAUCUUUUUCUUCUUAUACGUAAGAAUUUCUGUGAUGAUUUUACUUGUGGUGAAGGAGUGGUGAAAAAAUAUUAACAAACCUUGCAAUUUUAUUUUAAAUUUGCAUCUAUGUGAACAGUGAUUCAACGAGCGAACUAAUUUGUGGAUAUUCUCGUUAUAUCAGGAAAAUGUACUCAGUUAAAAAACCUAAGAAUAAGAGUAGAUUACAAAAAAGGUUGAUAUUGUGUUCGUUUCUACGAACACUUGAUAAUGCUGUUAAUUAUCCCCAAAUGCCCCAGGAAUUGAAAUAAAUAAUGACAAAUUACGUAUUAAGGUAGAAGGUAGUAAAAAUAUAACCAAAUCUGUGGAAUAAAAAAAUACCAUCACAAAUUGUGAGUGGUGUAAAAAAAAAGUCGUUUUUAAUUUAUUUUUAUGAAAAUUAUAAAAGUUGCUACUUUACGUUCAAAAAGCUGUACAUACAUAGAAUUUUCUAAACACAUAUAGAAAAAAAAACUGGAAGUAUUAUAAUAUAUUGAGUGAAUCUGAUGAAUCUAAGGGAAACAAUACAACCCUAUUGACUUUAUCAUGCCAUUUUUAAAUGGAUGUAAUUACCGAAGAGUCAUCUGUAUCGAAACUAAGUGUUUUUAUCUGGCUUUGUAUAUUUCAAUGGUCUAACCAACGUGGUGAUAAGCCCAAUAAAAUUGAUAUAAAAAGUUAUCUGGAAAGUAGAAAAUUCUUCAUAAAACUCUUCCUGAUAAAUUAUUUUUAGAUAAACAAGCGUGGGACAGGCAUACACCGCCCACUAAGUAUCAGAAUAUGUUCCAAUAAAUAUAAUUAAAAUCCUAGUGUUCGACUGGUAUUAGAGAAAACCGUACUCGUGAGA